AUGGGAGUGCAAGGUCUUUGGGAGCUUCUCGCUCCUGUAGGUCGCCGCGUCUCCGUCGAAACCUUAGCCAACAAACGAUUAGCCAUCGAUGCGAGUAUAUGGAUGGUACAUUUUAUCAAAGCGAUGCGUGACGAGAAGGGAGAUAUGGUUCAGAACGCACACUUGAUCGGAUUUUUCCGAAGGAUUUGUAAGCUUUUGUUCCUAAGGACUAAACCUAUCUUCGUCUUUGACGGAGCAACUCCGGCAUUGAAACGACGCACUGUUAUUGCUCGUCGUCGUCAACGUGAGAACGCUCAGACCAAAAUCCGCAAAACCGCUGAGAAAUUGCUGCUUAAUCGGCUUAAGGAUAUGAGGCUUAAGGAACAAGCUAAAGAUAUUAAGAAUCAAAGACUGAAGCAGAAUGAUAGUGAUAGAGAGAAGAAACGUGUGUCUUCUGAUUCUGUGCAAGAUAAGUUGCGAGAUUCGGCAGAGCAAGAUGAUGCAGGGGUUAGUUUUUCUGAGGAGAUAUCUCCAGCAUCUAUGGUUGGAGAAAAAGGUGUUGGUGAGGUCAUCAAAGAGUCCACGAAGGAUGAUCCCAAGGGAAAGGGAGUUUUGUUGGAUGGGGAUGACCUGGAUAACAAAAUGAAGAGUAAUAUUGAACAUGAUUCCUCAGUACAGGGGAAAGAUUAUCAGGAAAAAUUGGAUGAGAUGUUGGCUGCAUCUCUUGCAGCAGAAGAGGAAGAAGAAGAACAAGAACGAAACUUUACCAGCAAAGCAUCAACUUCAGCUGCAGCUAUCCUAUCAGAGGAAGAGGACAGUGACGAAGAUGAGGAAAUUUUAUUGCCAGUAAUGGAUGGGAAUGUCGACCCAGCUGUUUUGGCUUCCCUUCCUCCAUCCAUGCAACUUGAUCUCCUUGGUCAGAUGAGAGAAAAAUUGAUGGCAGAAAACCGGCAAAAGUACCAAAAGGUCAAGAAGGCCCCUGAAAAGUUUUCUGAAUUGCAAAUAGAAGCAUACCUUAAAACUGUAGCCUUCCGUCGGGAAAUAAAUGAAGUUCAGAGAGCUGCUGGUGGAAGGGCUGUUGGUGGAGUUCAAACUUCUAGGAUAGCUUCGGAAGCCAACAGAGAGUUUAUAUUCUCAUCUUCAUUUGCUGGUGAUAAAGAAGUACUUGUGUCUGCCAGAGAAGGAAGAAAUGAUGAAAAUCAAAAGAAUACGUCACAGCAGUCUUUGUUAGUCCCCGUUAAGAAUGCUUCCUCGCUGAAAAAAUCAGAUGCUACCAUUGAGUUGGAUAGGGAUGAACCUACAAAUCCUGAUGAAAAUAUUGAAAUAUAUAAAGAUGAAAGGGGGCGUUUUAGAAUAAGGAACAGACACAUGGGAAUCCAAAUGACACGUGAUAUCCAGAGGAACUUACAUUUGAUGAAAGAAAAGGAGAGAACAGGUUCUGGUUCUGUGGCAAAAAAUGACGAAACAUUCAGCGCCUGGGAGAACUUUCCUACUGAGGACCAAUUUCUUGAAAAUUCACCUGUUGAGAAAGAUGAUGUUAUGAACCUGGAGAUCCCGAAUGAUGAUUCCAUGGUGCAAAAUCCAUCUUCAAUAGAGAUAUCAUUUGACCAUGAUGGUGGUGGAAAAGAUCUCAAUGACGAAGAUGAUAUGUUUCUUCAGUUGGCAGCUGGAGGACCGGUGACAAUCAGGUCUACAGAAAAUGAUCCUAAAGAAGACUCUUCACCAUGGGGUUCUGACAGUGAUUGGGAAGAAGUGCCUGUUGAACAUAAUACUUCUGUCACUAAGCUUGAAGUGAAUUCAAUAAAUCAGCAUACCCCCGAGGAUAUUAGUAUCGAUGAUGGCGGCGCAGCAAGGGAAGAAAGUAGUUUCGAAUAUGCCAGUAACUCCACCGAGAAUGAUACAGUAACAAAGUUCACAAAAGGCUAUCUGGAGGAAGAAGCUGAUCUGCAGGAGGCUAUCAAGAAAAGCCUUCUUGAAUUACAUGAUAAGGAUUCUGGGGAUAUCCUUCUUGAAGAAAAUCAAUCAGCAAGGGUAAACCAUGUUGACAAGCCAAGCCAAGAUAGUCUUUGCUUUAGGGAAACCGUUGGUGAUGCUGAACAAGAGGGAUUUCUUGACGAAAUAACAGACUUGAAAACCAGUGGUGCUAUAAAUGAGCUGUCCAACACUUUUGUAGCGGAGAGUCCAGAUGGUCAGAAAGAGAUAACCAAACAGUUUGGCACACACUCUUCUUCUGGUUCUAAUAACUUUAGCCGUGAUAUGAGAAAUGAAUUGCCAAAGGUAGGGUCAGUUAUCUCACCCGAGAAAGCAUUUAAUGCUGCUAGUCAAAGCCGCAUGCUGUCCACCAUGGCUAAACAGCACAAUGAAGAAGGUUCUGAAAGUUUUGGUGGAGAAUCUGUCAAACUAUUUGCGGUGGUGUCGAAAAAGGUAAUGCUGACGGUGACUCAUCUAUCAUGA